GGAGGAGUGCGAGCCCCCUUAGCUCUGUAACCAUUCAGCUGCUGCACGCGCUGCAGAGAGACACGGAGGACUGGACCGGACUACCGUGUCAACUCAGAAGAUAAAUGAGUGGACUAAUUAACUAUCAGGGCUAUUAAUAUCUGGAUGAAAAGUAGUGAACCGCUCACUGAGUGCCACCUCUGCCGGUCUAAAGUUUCUACAGCUUGAAGUGGCUGCGUGAUGCCAGUGCUUUCUUCCAGAAGGGACUGCGAGCUUCACUGAGGGAUGUGUCGGUGCCGGUGCAGCAUUUAGGGGACAUUAUCAUCUUGGAAUAGUGGAGGCCAGCACCAGUUCUCUCUUUAAUGCUGUCACCUGAACCCUGACCUGCUGCUGUUAUACUUUUUCGAGUUACUCUGUGCUUAGAUAAAGUUGGUCAGUGUUUAGAAUAUGUUGCUGUAUUAUGUAACUAAUCCAAUAUGAGUCUGUCCCCUCUGGUUGCUUUGGAAACGUGUGUCCAACAGUGACUUUUCUGUGGAACAUGACUGGCAGUGUGACUGCAUUUUGAAUUGUGAUUUUGCUUCUGAAGAGUUGCCAUCCUGUGCUGGUCCCUUUAUUUUGUCAAGCAGCUGCAGCUCCACGGCAGCCUGUCUGUGCUCAGUGUGUGUAUCAGUGUGGGUUAUUCACAGUGCUGCUAUGCAGACUGACUGGAGCCACACUCAGACAGCUUGACUGUAAACCCAAUUCUGAGGCACAGGCCUGGAUUGCUCUCACAGAAAGAAACCUUUACAGCUGAGGAAAAGCUCUCUGCAAGUCUUGAUCCAGAGGGACAGCUUGUGCGGAAUAGCAGAUGUUACACAGCUUUGUGUACUAAUGUGGAUUAUUCAGGAUGCUGCUAUGCAGACAGAGUGGAGCCACAGAAAACCUGCUGGCAAAGUUAAAGUAACACACAAGGCUGUGCAGGGGAACAGCUUGUCUUACACAGUUGGCAUCUGAAGGUUUGUCAGGAAGUCAGGGUUUAGAUUGUGAAUUACUGAACAAAACUCAUAUUGGUUAAGUAUAUGUACAUUCUAAAUUAGAAAGUUUUACAUUGACUGGGACCAAACAUGACCUUUUACAGUAAUGUAGCAAAUGCUUCCAGCAGGUGAAUGUUCAGAAAGAUGGCACGCGCAGAGUGAGUGAAACAUUGUGGAACUGAAACUGAAAUUUUGUUGGACAGUUUUGAAGGCUUUAGCAGUCGACUCAGCUUUACUUCCAUUUUGCGUAGUUAGUAAAUUAGAUUUGUUGUUCAAAUAUAUUUAACAUUUGCUUGAUAAGUUACACUACUUGUUGGAAAAUGAAGAACCCUCAUCCACUGACUAAUACCUGGAGUAAAUCCAUUAACAAAGACCCAGUACUAAUCUCUGUGCCAGGCUCUAACAAGAAGUUCAAGAGGAAGUCCCGGGAGCCUAAAAGGCUUUUCAGUGACCCUGAGCCUGAGAGGAUGAAAACCUACCUUGCGGACAUGUCGGAUGCGGACUCGGUAGAUGACACCCAGACAGAGGCAUGUAAUGCCAGCAGGUUGGCUCCACUACAAAGACAGCUUAUGAUGUCACAGGAGGCGAUGUGCAGUACUACAGGGAUUUUGUCAGGACUACCAGAAGGCAACAUGGAUUCAGCUCAGAGUGGUGCUAUAGACAUGAGAAUUGGCAUUAAUGUACCUCCCAUCACUUCCAAACAGUCCCAGUUACCUGCCUCUCCAUUCUCUAACCCAGAGAUCUCACACUGGCCCACGGCCAUCUCCCAGCCCCUGUCCAACAGACUCAAACUGGGCCUCCGCUCCACUUUCACUCUAUCGACUUCAACCAACAGCAGCCACAGCCUCUCCCCCAGUCACCAGGCCUUCUCCUUGGAGCCCUCUCUGUCAGGCCAAACUGCAGCUCUGCCUGUCCCCAGAGCCUCCCAGACCUCCCAGUGUCACGAACUCAUGGAGCCCAUGGUCCAAUCACCGAAGGAAUCUCCCAGGAAGCGGGUUGGGGUGAGUGCUGAUGGACCUGGGCGUCUUCCUGAGGUCAAAGCCAUCCAGCAGACCAGGAGGCUUCUAGCCAAUGCCCGAGAGAGGACCCGUGUCCACACCAUCAGUGCUGCAUUUGAGGCCCUGAGGAAGCAGGUGCCAUGUUACUCAUAUGGGCAAAAGCUAUCCAAGCUGGCGAUACUACGCAUAGCCUGCAACUACAUUCUGUCUUUGGCUCAGUUGGCUGAACUGGACUACAGUCCAGACCACAGCAGCCUGAGUUUCUCUCAGUGUGUGGAACAGUGUACCAGGACCCUGCAGGCCGAGGGCAGGAGCAAGAAGAGGAAGGAGUGAAGCUGGUUGCAGUGGACAGGUCCAACACAACCUCUGACCAAACUAUAAGGACGCAUGACACUAGGAGGACAAAAGACGAGAUGUUGAGGAAAUGGAUAAAUAGAAAAGUGAAUAGGAUGAUUUAUACAUUUAGUUCAUGAAUUGCUCUCGCAGAUGAACUAACAUUAAUACUUAUUUGAGAUGGAAUUGUGAAAGUUCUGUAUGUCCAAGCCCAUGACCAACAACUAACUAAAAUACAGAUAUACAAACUGAGGUAGGGACUAAAAGAUUGAGCAUGCAGAAUCCAUCAGCAAUAAUCUCCUCUUAACUGUGCAUACAGCUACACAUUACAUUACUGUGCUCCAAUUCUGUAUUUUCCACUAUUGCCUUGUCAGUACCAUGUUAAACAAAUGCCAUUUUAAUAAAGAUAAAACAUUUGAAGUCAAACUGCUGAUAUUCAGAAGUCACUGCAGUUCAAGCAGCACAUUCAUUCAGUGAUUUUUAAUGUUAGAUGUUUGUUUUAUAGUUUGAGUUAUAUUUCAAAAUAUGCCAAUUAUGUUUAUUCAAUACAAAUAAAAAUAUUUAAACAUUGA